CUGCUACACACGAGUACUUAGUACUUACUCACUUGGUACUCAUUGCAUAUUUCACUUUCACUCAUCACCGCGAGUUUACUACAAUGCCGCCCAUGCCCGCAGCAAACAGAGCACAAGAACCUUCCACAUGGCAAAAACUGAAAAUGGGUGCGAUGAUGGGCGGAGGCGUCGGUCUGACGAUCGGUUUCAUUUUUGGAUCAUACAGCAUCCUUCGAAAUGGUUCCGGUCCUCGAGGGUUACUAGCUACGCUUUCGCAGUACAUGCUUAGCAGCGCCGCGACUUUCUCUUUCUUCCUUGCUAUCGGUUCCGUCAUCCGUAAUGACGCGCUCCUACCACCACACAUCGAAGCCGCCCGUCUCCAACUCCUUCCUCCACUCGUGCGCUCUAAGGCUGAAGGCGCCAUGCUAGUGCGUGCACGCUGGGACGCAGAAAGGGCGCGAAGAACAACUGCGUAG